UUUUGGCGAAAUUCGAAUACUUCCGUUUAAAAAAAAUCGUCCAAGCGUCCGUAACGAAGUGUCGAAAUGCCUCAAGGACGCAGGAAGGUGCCGUUUAGCGGAAAAGCGAAGAAAGAGCAGCUCAAGGCGAAGAAGCAAAGCAAAAAAAUGCCUUUGUACCAUCGCCCGGACGGCGACAGCGAAGGCGAGAGCGGCCCCGUGAUUCAGAAAAUCAACUACCAGUCGUCGAAAGCGGGCAAAUCGAGACCUAACCGAUACGCACUUCAAUUCUUCCGAGAGACAAAUGAGGAGAUUAAAGCGAAGAAGGAAGAGGCGAGGCAGACGGUGGUCAAGGUCAAGGAGACCGAUUUGGAGAUCCACUGCGAACAGUUUUUCGAUCCGGCGCUCGGAUUCCCCAAACGGCCCCCGUGGAAUUUUGAUCUGUCCAAAGAGCAGCUCGACAUGCAAGAAAAUAAGUACUUUACGGAGUACUUGAAGAACGUCGAGAUGCGUUACGACUUAAAGCAGCUGAGUUACUUUGAGCUGAACUUGGAGACCUGGAGACAACUGUGGCGGGUGUUGGAAAUGUCCGACAUUAUUUUGUUUAUAGUUGACAUUCGCUACCCCGCCGCCAUGUUCCCCACGUCUCUUUAUGACUACGUAACUGAGGAAUUGAAAAAAGAUUUCAUUUUGGUCCUGAAUAAGAUCGAUUUGUCCCCUGCGCCGCUAGUGGCCGCAUGGAAGAACUAUUUUGAACGGCGGUAUCCAUUGCUAAAGAUAGUAAUGUUCACAAGCCUACCUGGGUACAACUUGGUGGGGCAAAGAUCCGACAAAGGAGGUCUCCAAAUAAGACGCAGAAAGGGCAGAAUACGCAUGGCUGCGGAAGGUACGGAACAACUGUACCAAGUCUGCCAAGGUAUAGUGGGUUCUUACGUGGACUUAACCUCUUGGCACAGCAAAAUAAAAGAAGAGAUGAACGAAAAUUACUUAGAAGAGGAAAAACUCGAAAUCGGCGAGACGAUAACCGUCAAAAACGAGACUGAUUACUUCCAGUAUGAGAAAUACAGGGGCGGGAUCCUUACCGUGGGUUGCAUUGGGCAGCCUAACGUGGGCAAAUCAUCUCUGAUGAACGCCAUCAUGGGCAAAAAAGUCGUGAGCGUGUCGAAAACGCCAGGCCAUACUAAGCACUUCCAAACAAUAUUUUUGACGAACAACGUGAGGUUGUGCGACUGUCCUGGGCUCGUGUUUCCUUCCAAAGUCCCGAAACCCUUGCAAGUGCUAAUGGGUAGUUUCCCGAUCGCGCAGCUGCGCGAGCCUUACACCACGGUUAAAUAUUUAGCCGAACGGUUGGAUUUAGUUGUUCUCUUAAGGAUAGACCACCCGUAUAACGACGACACGUGGUCCGCGAUGGAUAUAUGCGACGGUUGGGCGAAAAAGCGAGGUUAUUUGACGGCCAAAGCUGCUCGCUUAGACUCGUACAGGGCUGCCAACAGCCUUCUGAGGAUGGCGCUGGACGGGAAAAUUUGUCUGUGCCUUAGACCGCACCAUUACUCUAUGAAAAAAGACUAUUGGAAUUCGCAUCCGGAUGUCGCGAAAGUGAAAUGGAUCCAAGCGCUGGGCUCGGACGGCGAUAGCGAAGUCGGCGAUACCGAAUCCAGUUCGGGAGAAGAACAUAACGUGAUUCCGGACGAUUCAGACGCGGAAGAUUCGGACGAAGAUAGCAGCGACAGCGAGCAAGAGGUUUCGGUCGCCGCCAACAAGUUUGCGGUUCUAACUAACGAAUAAUUUGCCUGUCAUUUUUUAAAAUUUUUCUAUUUAGAAAUAAAACGAUAUAA